GAGGGAGGGAGAGAAUAAACGUCACCGGCCAUCCUAUUAUCCGUUUCCAACUCCAAAUUUCCUCAAAAAGGAAAGAGAAAUCAAAUAUUAAUGUCAACUAGCAAAACAAGAACCAAAAAGCGAGGAUCGGAGUCAUUGCUCGGCAAAUCAGAUCAGAAAACCGGAUUUGUUGAUGACUUCGAUCCUGAUCUUUCCAGUGAACUAAAAGGGAUCAUGUCUGCGCUGCAACUGAUCAAAGAAAAAGCACAUAAGGACGGGAGAAAAAAGAACGAAGAGACGAUUUCCAGUGUGGCUGCUGAGAUUAGGUCUAAGCUUGACGAUCUGAAGUCAAAAUUGGAGAAGGAAAGACAAACUUUUGCUAAGGCACUUACAAAGAGCUCAAAAGAGUGUGAAAAUUGCUUGAAGAAUGAAACUGCAAAGUUCCAAGAGGUUUAUGAGAAAUUCUGCAAAGAAAAAACUAUCCAUCUGCAGGCACUGAAUGAUACAAUUUCCAGAUUUAAAGAAGAUAAAGAAAGGCUGUUUGUGCGAUAUGAACAACUGAGGAAGAAAGAGAAGAGCUUGAUAUCUGAGCAAGAGACAUUCUGUGCUGAUAAAAUUGCUCAGUUGGAACAGUCACUGAAGAAAAAGAAACAGGAUGACAGAACUUUCAGCAUUUUGAGGAAAACUCUUGGUUCUUUCCUGGACAAUGGCUCGGAUGAAGACGUCACACCUGAAGAUUGAAGAAUUGUUU